AUGGAAAAGGAAAUUCUUUCUGCAAUUCAAUCAUGGGAAGUUCUUAUCCUUGUGGCACAUCACCUUGACCCCAAAACAUUAGCCAUAGCUUCAUGCGUAUCAAAAUCAUGGCUCCAUUCUAUGUCCUCUGAUGAACUUUGGAAACCAAUCGUAACCACCCAUUUUCCUUCUCUUUCCACUCUUCCAUCCGCGGUCUCAUAUUGUCGCCUAUUCGCGUUAGGCUACUCCGCUGCCUUGCGCCGCCGUCAGACUCCUUCGAAGCCAACUCUCUCCCUCGGUGACCUCGUCUUUGUCUUCUCCAUUACUUCAAAGUGCGACUCGUGCGUGGUUGCCGCCGCAUCCAUACCUGUGGGCGCACUGGUGGUGGAUUCUCCCGGCGUGUUUAGUUUUGGUGUUGGUUUGGAGGACUGUGUAUUGAGGAAGAACGAGGGUUUGGAGGAGGUGGUUAAGGUCACAUGGAAUGUGGUGGUGAAAGGAUGGAGAGGGAUUUUCACUUUGAUGGAUUGUGAGAGGAAGGUGAAAUUUGUGAUUGGUGGCCAGGAGUGGUUUUCACAGGAGCUUCCGGCCCCAAGUUGUUGUUCAAAAGUGGUGGCGAGUUCAUUGGUGGCAGAUAUGAAGGUAGGGAUGUGUGAUAGUGGUGGGAAAGUGAGGGUGGAGAAGGUAAGCAUGGGGAUUUUGAGUGUUGUUGAUUGGAGGUAUGUUGGUGUUGAAGAUGGUCUUAGAUACUUGCAACAUUUUCUUCUAACUUAA